CGGGCUUCUCUUUCAGUCGAUAAACGUUUGUUGAUCACCAUUUCCCAGUGUCGUGUAAACUUUGCCUGGAAAAGCUGGAUCAGCUGAUCGGCUGACGCUCACUUGGCUUGAGUGUUUUGUUUUUCUUCGGUUCGCAACUCGACUUUGUGUAUGAUAAACAGGUUAAUUUGUUUAAAUUCAUGCCUGCCGCUCAGUGCGUGAUUGCUGCUCCAAAUCGAAAGUCGUAGUAAUGUUGCGUAACAGGCUAAUAGACACCUUCGGGCGGAUAAGACCCAUCCUCUGCGGAGUCCAAUCCCUUCGAUCUAUUGCCAAUGUGGGGUCAAGCUCAACAAAGCUGACUACCAUCGACGUGGAUGAUAAGAGCGGAAUUGCCACCUUAUCGAUGAAUCUGGCACCAGUUAAUACCCUCACCAUGGAGCUAAUGCACGACCUGAUCGAGUCCAUUAACCAGAUCGAAAGCAACAAGAGUCGCGGCCUUAUCUUGACGUCGAGCAAUGACAAGGUUUUCUCCGCUGGCCUUGAUCUCCAGGAACUUCUGGAACCGGACAAGGAGCGUCUGAAACAGUUCUGGACCUCAUUUUAGGAUCUGUGGCUCGCUCUGCAUCUCUGCGGUCUUCCCACUGUGGCGGCUGUAAAUGGUCAUGCUCCUGCCGCUGGUUGCGUUCUGGCCACAGCCUGCGAGUACCGCGUCAUGCUUCCGGAUCUCUUUAUCGGUAUCCACGCCACACGCUUCAGCUUCGUCAUCUCCAAGUGGAUGAUGCUCUCCUAUCAGAGCGUUCUGCCCCGUCGAAUUGUGGAGCGGGCACUGAACCAAGGUAAGCUCUUCUCCACCAAGGAGGCCCUGGAGGUGGGCCUCGUCGACGAGGUGGUGGACACCAAGGCAGAGGCGCUGGCCAAGUGCGCCGCCUUUAUUGGUUCAUUCGACAAGGCCAAUCCAGUUGCUAGGAGCCUAACGAAACGGAUGUGUCGAGAGCCGGAUGUUCGUGAGCUGCUGAAUGACCGGGCCGGGGAUCUGAGAGAGUGCGUGGACUAUGUCCUUACGCCCCUUUUUCAGGAGGGACUGUGCGCCCACCUCGAGGCCCUCAAGAAGGGAAGGUAAAGGGCUUCGUAGGCUAGAUGAUAAUCUCACUGCAUUUAUUACUUAAUCGUUAUUAAAAAUAUUUGUUAAUCAGA